UGCAUGACUGUUCCAUGGUUUAUCUGGACGGCACAGAAAUGAGAGGCUCCCAGCACGCCACCAUCAUCGUCUCGUACGCAGACGUCUUCACGGAACUGAACUUCACGGUAUGGAUGCCGGAGCUGCCCCUCACCGUAGAGCUCAGCGACACCAGACUGAGUCAGAUCAAGGGAUGGAAGGUGGCGCUAGCCUCAGACAACAACUACAACAGACAGUCACGUAGUGCCGCAGCAAAGCUGAACUUUGACCCUCGUCAGCUGCUCCGUGAGGAGGUUUCGCCGGACAGUGCUACGGAGGGAAAGGCACGGGCGGCCUGUCGUCUGCGCUACCAGCAUGCAACAGUGCAGGUGUUCACUCGUUUCUACACUCCAGAGAAUGACCUUGCUGGGGAAAACCGGUUCCUGCUUGGUGACAGAUACCUCCAGAUUACAGAGCUGGUGUCCAGUUUUAUCCGUGUGGCGGAUGAGUCCAUCGCAUCCCUGAAGGGGACGACGGUCAAUGCCAAAGUGCCAGGGACUACAGAGAUACAGGUCAUCUCUCCCCUGAAUGGCAGACUGAUGGGAGCUCAGGAACUGAUGGUUGCCGACGACAAGGUCACGAUCAAGGGCGUCAAGGCCAUUGUUGUUGCUGGAAUCACCAUGUCACUGUCAGCUGAGCCUUCUUCAGGGGGCAAGAUAUUCUCAGCCACAACAACAGCACAACAGACAAUGACAGGACAAUAUCAGCGGGGCGUGCUGGAUGUCUCGGUGUCGUUCAGUGAUGGAUCGGCAUUCUGGCUGCGAGAAAUCGAAGACAACGAGUACAGCAUCAAGGUGUCGUCUCUCAACCCUCGCGUCGUGGCCCUGAGCCCCAGCAAAACCCACACCAUCCCGCGUGUCAUCGCCACCGGCCACGGGAAGGGCGACCUUCUCGAAGUGGAGCUGAGGAUCCCGGAAGGGUGCAUGCGGCGCAAACGAGGCAGCGAACUCGCUUUCACCCGCACAGAGAUCAACGUCAACCUCACCAGCAGCAUCCCCAAACUCGAAAGCAGCAACCCUCCAACCGAAGAGGAUGAAGUCAAUGCAGAAAAUCGUCCCAAUGACAUCAAGAAGACCAAGCCUGAGCUGACUGUCGAUUCUAACAUCCUUCGUGUUGAGUUUGGUGAGGAGAAGGAGGACCCAAGUGAAGAGUAUGUCUACGAGGAGACAGAGGACAUGCUCCCAACCUCAACAGAGGAGGAAGUUCAGAACGAUAUGAUCAUCGACACCAUUCAGGACAGACGGAAGGAAGAGAACAUCAUCAUACCUCUGGACAACUUAGACUUUGGUAACCUGCCGGGCAGCAGCAAGAAGGCAGUGGAUGAGACAGUCUCAGUGGAGAGCGAAGAGUCGUACCAAGAUUACGUGGAGCAGCCUCGGAAGCUGUCAGAUCUCGAGAUCGGUAUGUACGCUCUCCUCGGCGUGUUCUGCCUGGCCAUCAUGGUGUUCCUGGUGAACUGUAUCCUGUUUGCGGCGAGGUACAAGCAGAAGAGAAUACCCAAUGGAAGCGACGAGAGUCUAACCCAUGCCCAUGAUUGGGUUUGGCUGGGGAAGGCUGGCGAGGGUCCAGCGCCCGCCAGCAACACCGUCAGCACCCAGGGUUCAGAAGAACCGUCCCAAACCGGAUCUGUAGAAAAUGUCAACGAGGAGGAGACGGAAGAGGCCCUUCCCGCGCCGCCGAUCAUCGCUGCCGACGAGAACGAAAACAAGGAGACGGAAACGCCCGAGGAAGAUACCAUGCCUGCCGUGAACUUUACAACGUUUGCGGCGCCCAAAGACCCGAUCAGAAUAACUAGUAACCCCUGCCCUCCAGCAGAGGACGAGUUUGACUGGGACUAUCGACAAAUGGGGUUGAAACCAGAUGACGAUAUGACAGAAUACCUGGAAAACUUAAAGGAGUCCUCAGCAUAGAGUAGAGCCUGCGUCAAAAUCUGUAAAGCUAAACCAAUUAUCGAAGCCUAAGGCUUUUACACGUGUUUGUACAUAACCCAUGUGGUUAGUCAUAGCCAUUUGCAUGUUAGGUCCACUAAACAAAGUCUAAUAGUUAUGUGCUUGUGUCCUAGUGAGAGAAAAAAGAUUAAAAGUGUAUUUAUAUUGUGCUAUUUAAAAAAUGUGUAAAUAUUCUGUGAAGCUGCAUUUCACUUGUAAAAGAAGUGGCUCGACGUCAUGUUGGUGAAAUGGAUAGGGAUGUUGACGUAAACAUGAUGGUUACCAGUAAAUGUGUUAGGGUGUGUCCGCAAAGAACUAACCUUUUUGCAGAGAGUGGAUAAUUUGCUUCAGUGUAAAUAUAUAUAUAAAUAUAUACAUAUAUUAUAAGUAUAUAUGAGACCGUCACUAAACAGCAGUAUGUCCUCAGAGAAGCAGUAUGGAUGGUGUAGUUUUUUGUGGAUACGCAGUUGUGACCAUAGUGAUGCACAAAAGUAACCACUCGUAAUGUAAGCUGUCCUACUAUUGGCCAACCAUAGGAUGCCCCGUACUGCAUCUGAGUACAGCAAUGAGAACCAAAAAUGUGUUUACCCUUUGAAUCAUGAGAAAAGCGUACAAAGUGACCAAGAUAAGAAUGGGGCACAUUUGAAUGAUUUUUUUCUUCUCAAUUUUGUACAAGAGUAGACUCAUACAUCUGCUGUUCACAAAGAGCAACUGAUCUUUAUUGUCAGAAAUGUGCUUUGAAACUCAACAGAAUAUCUUCAAUUGUGUAAAUCUUGAAAUUGUAAAAGACCAAAUUAUUGUUGUUUUUUUUUGUUGUUUUUACUGCUCUUCCUUGAGUAGUGAAAGCUUUUGAUGAGAUACGUUUUUUACGAGCCCUUUAUUUUUGUCAUUAUCUGUUGUUGAUCUCUUGUCUAUCAAAUAUCUGAACUCACGGCAAUGAUUUCCCCUAGGAAAUUUUCACCCUUUUGUGCACCAAUGAAAGUGAGUGAGAUGCAUAUUUCACAAGAACGUGUUACAGUAUUUGUCGGGGAAAUGUUUUAAAAAGAAGAUAUUAAUGGGUAUUUGUAUCCAUGAUUGUACAGUCAGUAGUAAAAAAAUGUGGUUUGCA